CUAAUACGCUCAAGAAAGCGACAUUUCCCCUUUGCGGACGAUGGCUGCCGACCUCAAGCUCGUGCCCGAGCCCGAGCUUUUGUCCCGGACCUGCCACUCUGAUCGAUAUUUCGCCAACCCCGCUGCUUUUCUCUCUCUCCCUUGGUUUCUCCUCCUCCUCUCUCUCCUUCUCGCUUUCCUUUUCUACGUGUAUAUGCGCGUAAGCGCGCAUAAAACCCCUUCCAUUCUCUUUGUUUCUGCACGAGGUUUCGCGUCAUUCGCCACCCUUUCUGGCUUUGCCGACCUUCUAUCCGGCCAAUUGCCUACUCUACUUACUCUCUAUCCGCCCUGUAACACCGUCGUUUCACGAGCCGCUAUGUCGUUCUCGCCGUUCCGUUUCACGCUUUUCCAUACUUCGCGCCUUUUCAUCCUCCUUUCCUACCAUUACCUGUAUUCUUCUUCUCCGCACGUGCGCCUCCCUCCGUCCGUGUAAUAAGAAAAACGACGGCAGUUAAGAAACUGCACGGCAGCGCGAGAAACAGAGUUUUCCGGUUUACCUUGAAAGCGACGCGUGACCGUCUCGAGUUCAGUCGUUUGCAUUUGCGCGUCGAGCGAAUUAACCGUCGCAGGAAACGUAACGGAGCGUGCGGGCGUGUUCGUUAGCGGCUCGCGUAUCUUCGUUCUCUGGCGCGCGUAUAUACCCUGCACGCGAGCGUUCGCGUAUCGUGAUUUUUUUGCCAACCACGCGACAGUGAACGAGACGACGACGAUAGUCGUCUGGCGGAUGAGCCAGCGACCACGGGAACGCUCGAUCUCGCCGAGGGUAAAAAGUGGCGGAAAGUGGCAGAAUCUCGACGGUGGCUGGAGCGUCGAGCUGUCGGACGUGCACGAGGCUUCGACCUUCGUUUCGAGAUUCCAAUCCGAAAAGACGAAUACAGGAGGAACGCGAAAGGGAGAAAGAGAAGCGCGAGAGACGGAAUGGGAUGGAGAGGCGAAACGCGGCAGCAAAGGGGAGAGACCGCGUUGCAGAGGUGAGACGUCCGAGACGAUAGGCAGGGACGAAAACAGAGACGCGAUGGAAGCAAACGCGAAGGGGCGAAAAGAAAACGGCAAGGUUCGAGCGUUUUAUCGCUGCGCUGCUUCUGUGUCGAGUGUCCUACCGCUUUCCUCUUUCCCCCUUUGCGUCAUUUCGCUGCUUCGCAAGAAGAGGAUAUCGCUGUUAACUUACCUCACGGAUAUCCGCAUUGUUUCGCGUCAACCAGCCAACUCAGCUGACCUACAUCGGCCAGGCACCAGGCAAAAUGGGAUAUCGAGCCACUCGAUGCUCAUCUACGGAAAACUACUCGUCUUCCCUACAGGGAGACCCAGGUGCCUAGCGUCGUAUUCGUGUUCGCUCGUCGUCACUGUCGUGGUCGUAGUCGUGGUUGAAAGUACUCUUUCGUCCUAACACGGUUCGAUAUUCGACGCAACGUCCACGCUACGACGGAACUUUUCGCUCGUUUUCCUAUAUUUCUUGUUGGCACACGUGGAUCGAACUCGGAUUCAAAAAGAGAAAAUUGACUCAGCCGAGCUCGUGUCUCGCUCGCCGUAGCGGCAUAUUCGAGGACGAACUCGAUAUUUAUGUAUCGCUAGAGACGCGCGCAGCUCUAGAGAACUUCGAUCUACGAUCGACGAUCCAUGCAACUGAUUAACAGUCGAGCAAUGCGAUUCGUCGUUGCAUUUACGAAGGCACUUGGGUGCACCUCCUCUUUCUCCUCCUUCGAUCGCGUUAAAUAUAUUCGAUCUGACGUCGAGCACGAUCAAAGUUAUCGGAAUAACACGACGACAGUGUCCGAGGGCAUAGAAGAGCGCAGCCAAAUACAAUGGAAAGUGCGUGUUGCUGCUUUACGUCGCGUUAUAACGUUGCGCUUUAAUAGUUGGAAUCGUUUCAGUCGCGUAACUAAAUCACAAGGCACGCCGAUUAGACGAUAAUCUAUGGUAAUCGUCGAUCAAGGCCGAUCGCAUAAGCUGCCCAGACAUUCGGUAUAGCUGUCAAGCGACGAACAACCAAGUUGACGAUACGAUACCGCCAGAUUGGUCCAAGUGUGCUCGAUAUCUCUGCGAAUUAUAGCUUUUCCACGCAGAGACGCGUGUAUCGGGAAUACGUGGUGUAUGAGAUAAGCGAACAGGAUUAAAAUGCAGGAAGAAAGACAGGAAGAUACGCGACACGGCACGCUCCUAUAAAUAUGUAAUAGGAUUUCGUCGAAAUGAGGGACCAUCCGUCGCGCCUUUUCUCUGAUACGAGGUAAGACGGUGAUUUACCUCCUAUCAAAUACAGUGGCUACGAAAAGUAUUCGAACCCUAUUUAUAACGGACGCGUAGAAAUGCCAGAAUGAGAGGAGUGGCGGUUCUUGGAACGGUGAGAUCGGCACGCGGAACUUUCCUGAGGAUGCUCGUCUUCGUCUUCCUGGUGACGUUCCUCUGGCUUCAAUUUCACGUGAUCAGCCUGACCGGCCGAGAUUCCUCUGGACAGGCCUCGUCGAACGAGACGCUGUUCUCCCUCGUACCGCAAGAAUUACAUAGGUUUCUGAAAGAUCGUCGAAAUGGUUCUUCCUCGACGUUAACGAACGCGAGCACGGAAACGUUAACCGAGUUCGAAAUAGCGGAGAUUCGUCGAAACAUAGAAAGGGCGAACGCCGAGCAAAGAGUGUACAACGAAGAGUCUUUCGGUCCUUUGGCUAACGACGCUCCCAUAAUAGUGAUUCAAGUGCACACACGGCUCACCUACCUCAGACACCUGAUCGUGUCGUUGGCUCAAGCGAAAGGGAUCGAGCAAACCCUUCUGGUCUUUAGCCACGACGUUUGGCAUCCGGACAUCAACUAUCUCGUGCAAAGUGUCGACUUCUGUCGUGUCAUGCAAAUAUUUUACCCUCACAGCAUACAGACUCAUCCUCGAACGUUUCCCGGCGAAGAUCCGAACGAUUGCCCUCGAAACAUUCGCAAAGAACAAGCUCUGAAUCUCGGCUGCAUCAACGCGAAGCAUCCGGACCUCUACGGACACUACAGAGAAGCCAAAUUCACGCAGACGAAGCAUCACUGGUGGUGGAAAGCGAACCGCGUGUUCGAUCAAUUAUCGAUCACGAGAAAUCACACCGGCAUAGUUCUUUUCCUCGAGGAAGAUCACUACGUCGCCGAAGAUUUCCUACACGUUCUCCGACUGAUGGAACGUACCUGUAAACAUAGCUGCAAAAGAUGCAACGUCCUGUCCCUGGGCACCUAUCUCAAAACCUACAAUUAUUUUGCCGAUUUCAGUCGAAAGUUCCUUGGCGUCAACAGCGCCCUGCAAAAGGAGCUACUGCGUGGAUUAAAAAGAUGGGAAACAUCGACGAGGCAACAGUCGGCUAAAGCCGAAGACGUCAUCGGUACCAGUGACAACGGAAGAAUCAACGGAAUCCCAAGCAGCAGCAGCAGCAGCAGCAACAACAGCGGCAGUGGGAGCAGCAGCACCGGCAGUAGCAGCAAUAGUACUCCUACUGGGGCGAGCAACAGCAAAAACAGCAGCGUUAGCAACACUGGCGCUGCCGCCAUCCUACCAAUCGCACGCAACUCACAGAUCGUGCAAUCUGCCUCCGCAUGGGCUUUCCAACUCCUACCCGAACUCUACAAUCAUUAUCAAAAGGCUGAAGUGAUUCCUUGGAUCUCGAGCAAACACAACAUGGGCAUGGCGUUUAAUCGCGUCACUUGGAACAAAUUGAGAAAGUGCGCCGCCCAGUUCUGCUCGUACGACGAUUACAAUUGGGACUGGAGUCUUCAACAUAUCGCGCAAACCUGUAUGCCACCGAGCAAAGGACCCGGAAUCGCGCCUCGUACAGAAUCCGGUUUAAUCACGAUGAUGAUGCGGGCGCCCAGAGUUUUUCACAUCGGAGAAUGCGGAGUCCAUCACAAGAAAACCAAUUGCGAAUCGACCGCUGUGAUAGCAAAGGUUCAAAACGUCCUAAAGGCUGCCCGAGACCAUCUUUUUCCUACUCAACUGACGCUUACUGUAGCUGGCACUGCGAAAAAGACGAAGCUCAGGAAGGGCAACGGCGGAUGGGGCGACACACGGGAUCAUCGGCUUUGUUGGAACAUUACCGUUUAUCCGGAUCUCGUUUUACCUUGAGACCAAACUCUCGAACGAACGACAUCGAAAUAUCCUUUCGAUUUCUUCUUUUUUCUUCGCAAACCCUUCUCUAUUUCUCUACCUGCCUCGUUCUUUGUCCCGUUGUCCAAAAAGUCGCAUCCCGCUCAGCCCGUUUCGUUCCCGCCUCGUCCUGACUCAUCCAGUUUCGUCUCUCGUGGAAGAUGCUCGUUUAACAAGUUCCUUCGCGUCGACGAAUUAUUGUAUCGAUCCCACGGUCUGCUAUCAGAUCGCGCGGCAUCCCUAGCGGCGUACUUAUCUUUAUAUUCGUGCUAAACCUAGCAACCGAUUCAGUCGGCGGAAGCACAUUUCGCGCUUAGCGACUCAGCUCCUUAACGAAUUUGCGUCUCGACCGGUCGCCGAAGUCCCAGAGAAACACGCUUAUCACGUAUUCUAGUCAUCGUACCCAAUGAUGAUUAACGAUAAAUGGGUAACAAAAACAAAUGGUCGUUGUCUGUCUAUAAAUUGCUUCCAGUAAGGUAGCGAACAACGUUAGACUGACGAUACUCCCCGCUCGAGACGACCCAGACUUUUGAACUUGGAGUGACUCCGAGAGCGAACCAAAGCCAUCCACGAGUCGCGAAAUUUACAUAGGAUACGUUUUAUAUUUGUAACGAGAAUCAACGAAAAUAAACGAAUCGACCGAU